AUGUCAAUAAGGAGAUCAGAGAGGGAAAGACACCCUCCAGACAGAUAUACUCCAGCAAUUGGGAAUAACAACGACAAAACUGUUAAUCCAAAGCCAAGUAAUGACCAACCAUCAGUAUCUGCCAAAUCUAGUACUUCUUCUAGUAGACGACGAUUAAUGGAAGUGGAGUUGAAGAAGCUGGAAGAAAUACAGAGAUUGGAAAGAGCCCAUGAGGAAAGAGAAAUGGAGCGACAACGACAAGUUGAAGAAAUGGAGCGACAACGACGAAUGGAAGCUAGAGAACUAGAACGACAGAAGCAACUGCUGACAGCGAGAGCUGAGCUUGAGUCUGCUUCAGUGUGUGGCAGUCAACAGUCAAGCCGCCCUAGUAAUCGAUCUGAAACCAAGGUAGGACUUAGCAUAAAUCUUGAUGAUGAGGAAGAACCGCAAAGCAAGGUUGAAAGGUGGUUGAAUGAAAAAGAACCGACAGUUCUUAAGUCCUCAUCAGCCAUCAUGACCUCAGCCGUGCAAAAGCUUGCGGAUACCUUCCAAAAAGCUAUACAGCCUGUUUCAUUUCGUCAAAAACUUCCAAGUUUCAGUGGCAAGCCUGAUGAAUGGCCGAUAUUUUUUUCGGCGUAUGAAAAACCUGCCUAUCUUUUUAGUGAGGAUGACAACCUCAUAAGAGUAAGGAAUUGCCUAGAGGGAGAAGCAUUUAGAAUGGUUAAGCCUCUUUUUGUCUCAAGUCAAAAUCUUAAGUCAAUUAUCAAGACCUUACAGAUGCGUUUUGGUAGACCAGAACUCAUUUUAGAGUCAAUGUUAAAAAAGACUCGUAGGCUACCUUCUGUCAAGGAAGACGACACUACAAGUCUUGUUGAGUUUUCGACAAAUAUUUUGAAUUUUACUGCUACAGCAGAGUCAUUACAUCUAGAAAAUUAUGUAUUAAAUCCUUACUUACUAAAUGAAUGUCUCAACAAACUUCCCUAUAGUUUAAAAUACAGGUGGGCUGAACAUGUAAGUAAUAAUGCUCUAAGCAGUCCCGACUUGAAGGAGUUUUCCACUUGGUUGGAAAAACAAUGCUCAAUCCUGAGUAUUUACUUUCGUCCUACAGAAGAGAAACUCUGGCAGAAGAAAACUGACAUAAAGCCGGUUUAUACCAGUUCUACCGAAGACAAACAGUUUAACUGUAUGUUUUGUCUCGACAGCCACGAAAGUGAACGAUGUGGAGUUUUCAGGAAGGCAGAUGUAUCGCAGAGAUGGAAAAUGAUUGUCGAAAAGAAACUAUGUUUCUUCUGCUUUCGACAUCACCAGCUCCAAAAAUGUAAAGUAAAAAAGGUUUGUGGGAUAAAUGGGUGCAGGUUGUUUCACCAUCGUCUUCUCCAUACUGACAAAAUUGAGAGGUUUCCCAAACAGGACAGCGAACCACAAAAUAAAGAAAUUAUUAGCAGUCAUGUUGUUAAUAACCGUGUUCUACUAAGAGUAUGUCCAGUGACAUUAUAUGGCCCAAGUUGUCAGAUCGACACUUACGCACUCUUAGAUGACGGGUCAACAGUAUCCUUGUUGGAUUCAGCUACAGCCGAUAAAUUAGGCGUCAACGGUAGUAUUGAACCCCUCACGACUUGCUGGUCCAAUGCAACCCAACAUUUCGACCCAACAUCCAUGACUGUGAAAGUUAAAAUUAAAGGGUUAUAUGAGGACGAAGUAUUUACAUUAAACAAUGUACGAACCCAGUCACCAUUGGACUUACCAAAACAAAUGGUGGAUACUGUCAAACUGAAAAAGAAGUGGUCUCACUUACGGUCAAUUGGUCAACCUUUACCGUCAGCAAAUUUGAAACCUACAAUACUUAUAGGUCAAGACAACUGUGACCUUAUUCUAGCAAGGAAAAUAAUUGAAGGUCCUCCCAACUCUCCAGUCUUGUCUUGGAGCCGUUUAGGCUGGACAUUGCACGGUAAAUGUCAUGAACACAUUGGGCGAGUAGAUAGUCAAUUCACUUUAACGUCUUUUGAAAGUGAAAAACUUCAUGAUAUUAUCAAAGAUUCUUUUGAAAUCGAGAAUUAUGGCGUGUCCCUAGUAGAAGAUGACAAUGUGAAAUCAGUUGAAGACGAAAAAGCCCUCAAGAUUUUAGAAGAUACUACCAAAAAAGUAGGGGAUAGGUAUGAAUCCGGCCUACUAUGGAAGUCAGAAGACUUUAAAUGUCCACCGAGCUAUGAAAAUGCGCUGAAAAGGCUUAAGGGUAUUGAAAGGAAGAUGGCAAGAGACGAAAACUUUCAUAACAAAUACAAAGCCAAGAUCACUGACUAUGAAGAAAAAGGUUACAUCAGAAAACUACGUGAUGACGAAGCUAAUGUUAUAAAUGACCGGACUUAUUAUCUGCCUCAUUUUGGGGUAAUAAAUCCAAACAAACCUGACAAACUAAGGUUAGUAUUUGACGCAGCUGCUAAAGCGAAUGGUGUGUCAUUCAAUGAUGGUUUGCUUAGUGGUCCUGACCUUUUGAACCCUCUGCCAGCAGUACUUCUCAAAUUCAGAUUAAGAAAAUUUGCGAUCGCAGGUGACAUACAAGAAAUGUUUCAUCAAGUACGUAUCAGAAAAGAAGAUGUCGAUUCGCAAAGGUUUCUAUGGAGAGAAGAUCCGAACAACAAACCAGAUACCUAUAUCAUGGAAGCAAUGAUAUUUGGAUCAACGUGUUCCCCGAGUACUGCCUUGUAUGUAGUAAACAGCAACGCCAAGAGGUUUCUACAAAUUUACCCAGAAGCAAGUAAAGCGAUCCUCUGCAGUGAAUACAUGGACGAUCUACUAGACUCUACUGAUACAGAAGAAGAAGCUAGAAUUCGAAUACAACAGAUAACAGAAAUUCACAAGUCCGGAGGUUUUAAAAUCUGUAACUGGUUGUCAAAUUCAAAAGAAAUUUUACUUGAAAUACCGGAAGAUUUGAAGACAAACUCUACAAAACAACUGCAACCUGAAAGUCGUCUACCUACAGAACGUAUCCUCGGAAUGUGGUGGGAUGCUGAAACUGACCACUUUUCAUUUCACCGGAACGCCGAAAAGGUACAGUUAGUUGAAACAAGGUAUCCGACCAAACGAGAAGUUUUAAGAGGAGCUAUGUCCAUUUUUGAUCCAUUGGGAUUAGUUGUACCUACUACUAUAAAAGGGAGAAUGCUUGUUCAGGACAUUUGGCGAACAAACAUAACGUGGGACGAAGUUCUUUCGAUAGAACUUAGUAAAAAAUGGCAAGACUGGCUACAAGAAGUAAAAUGUCUGCAGAGCUUCACCAUACCUCGAUGCUAUUUUAACGUCAAAACAAUUGAAGAAGUUGAACUCCAUACGUUUGUUGAUGCUAGUGAAGAGGCCUAUGCAGCAGUUUCAUAUCUACGCCAUGGAUGUGCCAGAGGUACUUACAAGACCAUGCUUGUUAUGGCACGUGCCAAAGUAGCACCACUCAAACAAACAACCAUUCCCCGACUAGAACUCCAAGCAGCUGUUCUUGGAUGCAGAAUAGCUUGUAGCAUCAUAAAAGACAUUGACUUAACUAUUUCUCGUCAGAUAUUUUGGUCAGAUUCUGUAACAGUUUUGCACUGGCUGAAAUCCGACCCUAGACAAUUCAAACAGUAUGUUUCCAAUAGAAUUGGAGAAAUUCAAGAUUUGUCUAAACCUGAAGAAUGGAGAUGGGUUCCAUCAAAACAGAAUCCGGCAGAUGCUGCAACUAGAAGUAACAAAAAGUUUACAUCAGCCAUGCAUUCUGAAUGGAUUCACGGACCAUAA